AUGGCAAAAGUUUUAACGACAGCUAAAGUUUGCGCUCCUAAUUUAUUGCUUUUGACAAAAAAUCCAUCGUCGACUCGAUCAUCAAAUCGUUCAUAUACAAUUCAGCAAUCAUGCCCAAGAACAACAGGACAUUCACUAAUAACACAACAGCAAUUACAUAUUUUAACCAGAAAUCACAAUCCAUUUGUGAACUCAAACAACUUUACGUUAAAUCCAGUUCUCAUACUGUUCCGUGGUAAUGCCCAACAACCGAAAGGUUUUCUAUCAAAGUUGAUGGAUGAUAUACAAGAAGAAUUCAGUAAAAAUAAAGAUAUUAAGGAUAAUAUUAAGAAAUUCAGAGAACAAGCGAAAAAACUAGAAGAUUCAACAGCUUUAAAAGAAGCACGCGACAAAUACAAAACACUUGAACGUGAAACAAUGAAAAGUUCGACAGUCAUACGAGAGAAGAUUGAUCAGAUAACAGAAAAAGUUAAAGACAGUGACGUCAUGAAAAAAGCGUCUGAACUUGGUCAAGAAAUGGGAAAACAAGCUCAAAAAGCGGCGGGAAAAAUAUCAGAAACAACUGAACAAAUAACAGAUACAGUUACAUUCAAAAAAGUAUCUGAGAGGCUGAGCACAAUUAAAGAAGAAGUUGGUGACGCCACAAAAUUAACACGACCAUUAGGUUAUUGCCCACCAAAAGUAUUACGUAAACGAUCGGAAACAGAUUUGUUAAAAACAGAAAAAAUUUUUGAUGCUAAUACGUACGUAAAUACAAUUUAACCCUUUCUUGCCUCUAGUUAAACCUGAAGCCUGAAGGUCUUGAACCAAAAUAUUAUAGGGGUUAUAGGUUAUCGAGCAUGCUGAUGCCGAAUAUGACCAUGGAGGCUUCCCAUAGAUCUUCGAAGAUCCAGCCUUCUGGAAAACCAGUUUUUCAGA